UUUGGUUAAACACAUGAUUUCUCACAUGGAAAAAAAGUCCCACCAGUGUUCCGAGUGUUCAGAAGAGUUCUCGGACGAUGAUGCCCUAGAAUCACACAUGAAGACACACAAAGAAGAGACAUAUCAAUGUGCAGAGUGCUCAGAAGAAUUCUCAGAUAAAGCUCUUCUAGCAUCACACUUAUUAACUCAUGAAGUAAAGACAUCAUAUCAGUGUUCAGUCUGUUCAAAAGACUUCCCAGACAAAUCUGCUCUGUCAUUACACAAGAAAACUCACAAAAGAAAGAAAUCCUAUAAGUGUACAGAGUGUUCAAAAUGUUUUUCACAAAAACAUAAAUUGGUAAACCACAAGAGAAUUCAUACUGGAGAAAAACCUUAUCAGUGCCCAAAGUGUUUAAAAGAUUUCUCAGAUAAAUCUAAUCUUGCUGCACACAUGAAAAAUCACACAGGAGAGAAACCCUAUCAGUGUUCAGAGUGUUUAAAAGAUUUCUUACAAAAAUGUGACAUGGUAAAACAUAAGAGAACUCACACAGGAGAGAAACCAUAUCAGUGUGAAGAAUGUUUAAAAAAAUUCUCGCAAAAACAUGGUUUGGUGGCACACAAAAGAACCCACACUGGAGAAAAACCUUAUCAAUGUUCAGAGUGUUCAUUAUGCUUCUCAUACAAAGCUGGUUUAAUAUCACACAUGAGACAACACACAGGAAAGACACCAUAUCAGUGUUUAGAAUGUUUAAAAUACUUUUCACAAAAACAUAUAUUGGUAACUCACAAGAGAACUCACACUGGAGAAAAACCUUAUAAAUGCCCAGUAUGCCUAAAAGACUUCUCAGAUAAAGCUAAUCUUGCAUCUCACAUGAGAAAUCACACUGGAGAGAAACCAUAUCAAUGUUCAGUGUGUCUUAAAAACUUUGCACAAAAAUGUGAUUUGGUAAAACAUAAGAGAACUCACACAGGGGAGAAACCUUAUCAGUGUUCAGAGUGUUUAAAAUAUUUUUCACAAAAACAUGGUUUGGUAGCACACAAAAGAACACACACUGGAGAAAAACCAUUUAAGUGUUCAGAGUGUUCUAAAGACUUCUCAUAUAAGUCUGCUCUAGUAUCACACAUGAGAACUCAUACUGGGAAGACACCAUAUCAGUGUUCAGAAUGUUUAAAAUACUUUUCACAAAAGCAUAUAUUGGUAACUCACAAGAGAACUCAUUCAGGAGAAAAGCCUUAUCAGUGUUCAGAAUGUUCGAAAGACUUUUCAGAUAAAGCAAAUUUUGCAUCACAUAUGAGAAAUCAUACAGGGGAAACACCUUAUCAGUGUUCAGAGUGUUCAAAAGAAUUUUCACAAAAACAUGGUUUGGUGUCACAUAAGAGAACACACACAGAAGAGAAGCCAUAUCAGUGCUUAAUGUGUUUUGAAUACUUUUCGCAAAAACAUGCUUUAGUGAUGCAUGAGAGAUCUCAUAUAGAAGAGAAACCUAUCCCAACCAUCCUACACCAGCCCACACUCCCACAUUCUACACAACCACACCCCUGCACACCACCCAUUCAAAUUACACACUCCCAUACACCACCCCCACAUCUACUCGCAUCUGCCCACUCCACCUACGUACAUGCACUUUCGCACCACACCCACCAACACACACCUUCCCACCCCACACACCAACUCACACCUUCCCACCCCGCCCACCAACACGCACCUUCCCACCCCACCCACCAACACGCACCUUCCCACCCUACCCACCAACACGCACCUUCCCACCCUACCCACCAGCAUGCUCCUCCCCACCCUACCCACCAACAUGCACCUUCCCACAACACCCACCCCCACACACCUCCCCACCCCAUGCACCAACAACCUCCUGCCCAACCCACUCAUCCUCAACCAACUAUCCACCAACAACCACCUACUCACCUACAACCAUCUACCCACCCACAACCUUCUACACACCAGCAACCACCUAUCCAUACACAAACACUUGCCCAACCCACCCACCAACAACCACCAACCUAUCAUACAAUACCCUCACUUGCACACCACACACCCACCCACACCAACUCCCACCCACACACCCUCUCUCACCCACACAGCUCCCACCUGCAUUGGUGACAAAUGAGAAUUUAUGCAGGAGAGAAACCAUAUAAAUAUACAAAUUGUGUAAUCCUUUGUGUACUACAGGUGUCAUCACUUGUGGACCUGAUUAAGUCGCAUUUUACUCUAGCUUUUUCUGCCUCUGUAUCAAAUUCAUAUAUUAUGCACUUAAACUUAUGCUAUUUACUUUCAAAAAAUCCCUGGAUAGGAGUAAAGCCCUAAGUUGAGAUAUUAGUUAUAUAUACAGUGUAUAUAUAUAUAU